ACACCGACAGCCCCAACUCGUCCGGUUCUAGUGUGAGUGACUGUUCCCUCCUCAGCGGCUCGGUUCUGACGGCCGGAGUCUGUCUCUCUGUCUGUCCAGGAAUGAGAAAUGAUGGCCGGCUCUGCAGCAGAGGAGAAAACCUUCCGACGGUUCCUGGAGCUCUUCCUCCGGGAGAUGAGAAUGCCUCUGCAGGAGAGCGACCCGGUUCCGAUGCGCCCCUUGUCGGACCUGGUGACUGAGGACGAGGUGGAAGGGGAAUGCCUCGACCUGUGUCUCCAGCACCUCUACAAAUAUAACUGCCCGUGCUCCCUGGCUGCGGCCCUGGCCAGAGCCACAGCAGAGAGCCUCCUGCAGACCGACCUCACCAUCCACCACCUCAAUAAGACUGUCGAGGAUGGAGCUGACCCGCUACCACAGAUCGAGUCCGUGAAGUUCGCCCGGCUGGUGUUUAACAGACUGUUCGAGAUGUGCUGCAUCUGGAUGAAGGAGCUGCCCUUCCGCCGCCGCCCGCAGCCGUACUACGAGACCUCCAUCCACGCCAUCAAGAACAUGAGGCGCAAGAUGGAGGACAAGCACGUCAUCAUCCCCGACUUCAACUCACUCUUCAACAUUCAGGAUCUGGAAGAACAGGCUUACUUUGCUGUGUUUGAUGGUCACGGCGGCGUGGACGCUGCCAUUUACGCUGCUAACCACCUCCACGUCAACUUAGUUCACCAGGAGUCCUUCAGCCAGGACCCCAGCGAGGCGCUCUUCAAAGCCUUCAAAGUCACGGACGAACGCUUCGUGAAGAAAGCCUCACGGGAGCACCUGCGUUGCGGUACGACAGGCGUGGUGACGUUCCUGCGGGGUCGGACGUUGUACGUGGCCUGGCUGGGAGACUCCCAGGUCAUUCUGGUCCGGAGAGGACAGGUUGUGGAGCUGAUGAAACCACAUAAACCAGACAGAGAGGAUGAGAAGCAGAGGAUCGAGGCUCUGGGAGGCUGUGUGAUCUGGUUCGGCACAUGGAGGGUUAACGGCAGUCUGUCCGUAUCCAGAGCGAUCGGUGACUCGGAGCACAAGCCCUACAUCUGUGGUGAUGCAGACCAUAGUAUCUUCCCAUUGGACGGUUCAGAAGACUACCUGAUUCUGGCCUGUGAUGGCUUCUGGGACACAGUGAAUCCAGAUGAGGCGGUGCGGGUGGUCAGCGACCACCUCCUGGAGAACACUGGAGACACCACCAUGGUAGCCCACAAGCUCGUGGCCUCGGCCCGAGAUGCAGGCUCUAGCGAUAAUAUCACUGUCAUAGUGGUCUUCUUGCGGGACCCACGCUCCCCACCACCCACCAGCACGGAGGACGAGGAGGAGGGUGUGGUGGAGCGAGAGGUUGAGGAGGAGGAGGUAGCGGAGGUGGAGGAGGAGGAACAGGAAGAGGAGGAGGAGGAAGACGAAGCAGUCAGGGUAGAGCGCGAUGGUGGUGAGGGAGGCAGCACUGCGGACAUCGGGGGGAAGGGUCGCGGAGGCUGGCCCCUGCAGCAGUGCUCGGCCCCCGCUGACCUCGGCUAUGAAGACCGAACGGACUCGUUCACGGACAGAACUAGCCUCAGCCUGCUGGGGCCGUCGCUGGAGGGUCGCAUCUCCCUGACCCGGGAUUCACAGCAGCCCUGCCCCGACUUUAGCCCCGACCUCUCCACAACCUCUUACAUCUAUCGAGAAGAACGCCCACAGAGGCGCAGGUCCUGGAUCCCUUUUCAGGAGUCCAGCAUCUCUAGCUUCACGGACCCACUGUGGCCCCAGACAGCCAUGCUAUCUAGAUUCUUCAAUGGAGUGCCCCCUCUCUGCUAUAUGACACAGUACUGCACUUGA